UGUCAUUCGGUUCAGCAGCCCGACCGGCAGCCUCCUCAAACAUGAGUCCAUCUGAUCCACAGGUUUUACUUCCUAAAACUAGUCGAGCUGCUUCUUCUUUCGAAUCGGAUAGUUUUUUGUCACACGAGUGAAGUCUUGUUGGGAAGUAAUGGCUUUAAUUUCUAUCCGGAGUCGCUCUUUGAGGAAAGGCUGAUCAACCGAAGCGGGAAGCCUUCAGACACCGCAGCUCAUCAUGAUGGAUGAAACAUCGCCUACAACGGGGAAUACAAAUAACUGGAAGGCUCUUUAAGAAGGCGACUGGAGACUUGCAAGAUUGGCAGAACCCAUUAAGAAGCAGUCUGUAAAAGCAUAUCCAGGCACAGCUACAUCCAAGAAUGAGGAUCAAAUACACAAUAUCCAUCGUCUUUUUUGUGGCACUUGUUAUCAUUGAGAAGGAAAACAACAUUAUCUCAAGGGUGUCAGAUAAGCUCACCUUAAAGCAGACCCCCCAGACCCAUCUGCAGCCGAGUGGUUUAUCCCACAUACUGCUGAAGCACAAUGGUUCCUUUACCUCACUCGGCAAGAGGAACUCUGCCUUCACGCUGAUGAAGCGGCGCCUGGAGGACUACAGCCAGCACCAGGAGGUGGUGACGACCGGCAGGAAGCACAUCCUCCUGUUAGCCACCACCAGGACGGGCUCCUCGUUUGUGGGCGAGUUUUUCAACCAGCAGGGCGACAACAUGUUUUACCUGUUUGAGCCGCUGUGGCACGUGGAGAAGAUGUUGACGCUGGAGACCGGCGGCACCAACGCCACAGCGGCAGUUAAGGCCUACCGCGAUGUGCUCCAGCAGCUCUUACUGUGUGACUUCUCCCUGCUGGAGAGCUUCAUUGACCCCCUCCCUGUGGACCACAUCACCCCCGCUCUAUUCCGCAGAGAGUCCAGCAGCUCUCUAUGCGAGGAGUCGGUCUGCAGCCCCUUCAUCAAGGGGGUCUUUGAGCGUUAUCACUGCAGGACUAGACACUGUGGUCCCCUGAACUUCACCAUGGCGUCUGAGUCCUGCCUCCAAAAGGAGCACAGGGCCAUCAAGUCAGUGAGAGUGCGCCAGCUGGAGAACCUCCGUCCUCUGGCUGAGGACCCGCGCCUUGACGUGAAGUUCAUUCAGCUGGUUCGGGAUCCUCGGGCUGUGCUUGCCUCGCGCAUGGUGGCCUUUGCAGCCAAAUACAAGAACUGGAAGCAGUGGUCCAUGGAUGGGGAUGUGCCAAUUGAUGAUGGCGAAGUGAGAAAGCUGAAAGGGAACUGCGACAACAUCAGGAUGUCGGCUGAGAUCGGCCUCAGACAGCCACCGUGGUUGCGCAGGCGUUACAUGCUGGUGCGGUACGAGGACAUCGCUCGGUUCCCCAUGAGGAAGGCGACGGAGAUGUACAGGUUUACCGGAAUCCCGUUCACUCCACAAGUGAAAUCCUGGAUCCUGAAGAACACACAGGCCUCCAAGGAGGCCAGCGGUGUUUACUCCACACAGAAAAACUCCUCAGAACAAGUAGAGAAAUGGAGGUUCACUUUACCAUUUAAAGUAGCCCAGGUUGUACAGAAAGUUUGUGGACCAACACUGAAGCUUUUUGGGUAUAAAUUUGUAAGCAGUGAAGAAAUGCUAACAGAUAAGUCUAUUAGUUUGAUUGAGGACAAAGUGUUCAACUUUUCAUAGACUUUCACGGACAUGAAUUCUGAACCCAGAUGCAGGAAAACUCUGAAGUUACAUAUAUAUUAGAGUAAUUUAUCCUGAUACAGAGAGCCAUAUAUUUUCUGUGUGCUAUUUAAAGGUUUGUAAUAUUUAAAAUAGUUUGAUGAAGAAAAUGGUUGAGCAGAAAGUUAAUAUACAGCUUUGUAAUAUUGUAGCAAGGGUGUAUAUAGAGACUUUACAUUUGGUAAAAUAGGACGCUAUCUUUGUUUUUGCACUCCAGACUAUUUUCUCUGUCCAAACUGUAUCGUUGGCUUGUUCUUAGCAAAUAUAGGAAAGUCCUGCGGGAGAUACAGUAGCUGUUUUAAACCCGUCCAGGAACCCUCAUUAGUUAUUUUUUUUCAGCAACUUGAGUCAGCGACAUAGGCUGCUUUUACACCAAAGAAACUUGAAACGAAAUGUUAAUGCAUAGCCAAAAAAUAAAAAUAGCUUUGUAUAGCAAUGCUUAUGGCAGGAUGAGGAAACACCAAUGUUUUGUUAUUUCUAAGCAUGAGACUUAGAAGUAAUGUCCCAUGUUAAUUUAUUUAUUUCUUCUUUGCUAAGAGUCAUAAUGACUCCAGCUCUGAAUGUGCACAGGUUCGUUUGCCCUCCGUAGGUGCUUUUCUUGCACACAUAUACUGUAGUUUGCUGUACAUGCAUGUUUGUAAUUGGCCAAAAGUUUUUUGAAGUGGUCCUCGCGAUCAGAAGAACCCAUUCUGUAAAAACAGAUGUUUACACUGCCACUGUAUGCAAACAUUCCAACUGCAGCUGGUUUGCAGUAUUGUGUGAGGUUUGUCGGCAGGUCUGUCUGUUGACACAAGUCUCUUGGCUGGUGAUAAAAAGAGGUCCUGAUACUCUGCCCUGACAGUUCUUUUUGCAACUUGUUUGUAACAAUAAAUUCUUUUACAUUAACUGUAAAACAUCUCACUUUUGGCAUGAAAAUACUGCAUUCGUAACUGUGGCAAAACUGUUAUUUUAGUUAACUUUGUCUGAGUUUCACAUUCAACUGACAUGAGCACAACUUCCCCAUUUCGUCAUAUUUUUCAGUUAUCGCUUAUUAAUGAUCAAAGAGCACGGAAGUAGAUGUGGCAGAGCUAUGCAAAAGAUAACCGUGUGGUUUAAAAUACAAGGACAGCCUGUCGAUACAGUAAACAGCUCACCUGCAAUAAACACUACCUUUGUAAAGCUUCCAAUUGAGUAUCAGUGUUAGUGGGGGUCUGCUUUUAACUACAGCUUGUCGUUGCCAGUGUAUUUAUACCAGACGUAGGAACAGUGGGCACAAGAAGACUCACCAACACUGAAAGAUUCAUAGAUUAUUUGUGUAGGUGUAGAGAGAUGGGGUUUCUGAAGCUAUUCCACCAUCUGACAAGCACUUCAGUAUACUGGCACAUUCAGCUCUUCCUGUUAUUUGCUCCACUAACAGUACGACUUUAUGUGCAUACAAGAGUUUGUUGAGCUGUUUGUGCAAAAAACAAACAAAAAAAGAAACAUUCACAAUUCAUUUCAUACUUUUAGCUGUGAAAGACCACUUACUGAAGCCUCUUACAUUUCUGUUGCAAUGGUAAAUUGACGCAUCUUUGGCUUUUUACUCCGGUUCUAUCUAAAUCAAAUGUUGAAGAUUUCUGCACACCAACUUUGUCUCUUAGGAGCCAAGAAGGAAGGAUACUGGAGGCAGCUGCCUUGACUCACAGUGUGUUUACCGCUGUGGCUAUUUAAAUCUCCAAACCUAGUAAUUACCAACUUUACAUACAACGUGGUCCAAGUCAUUUUAGUCCACCUGACCCCGCCCGCUUACAGAAAAAGCAGGGAGGCAGUCAU